GGCGUCAUCCAUUGCCCCCACCACCAACCUCCAAACUGGACCUCUUGACCACUUCCAACAACGCAAUCCACCAUUCAAUCGACCCCAGCGCGCACCUCACCGCGAUCUACAAGACCAAAACAACACACCACCAAACCAAUUGACCACAAUAACCGCACACACCUCACCUGACAAGCAACCGCGCGCACCACCCCACAACCGCCACCAUGCCAUCCACCGGCAUCAGCACACCCGCCUCUGAAGGCGGCACCCCGCACUACAACGAGACCGAAGCGCACAACACCACUCUCGUGACCCUUGCGGACCUCAGCGCCAAAGGCACAAGCCACUACGCGCAGCGCCAGUACGGCGAGGCCGCAGACCUAUUCGCGCGCGCCGCAGAGCUGCAGGCCGAGCUGAAUGGCGAGAUGGACCCAGCGAACGCGGAGGUGCUGUUCCUGUACGGACGCAGCUUGUUCAGGGUCGGGCAGAGCAAGAGCGAUGUGCUUGGCGGCAGGGCGGGGGGAGAGAAGAAGAAGAAGGAUGUGAAGCCGAAGAAGCAGGAGGGCGGUGCGGGGUUGGCGGUUAUUGCUGAGGGAGCGGAGAAGGCGGAGGAGAAAGCGGAGGAGGGGGUGGACAACAAACCGCUGUUCCAGUUUACAGGUGAUGAGAACUUUGAGGACUCGGAUGAGGAUGAGGAUGCUGAGGCGGAGGAGGAGGAGGAAGAGGAUGACGAGCUCGCUACUGCGUUUGAGGUUCUCGAUCUGGCGCGCGUGCUGUUUACGCGUCGUCUUGAGGAACUUGCUGCUGCCCCUGCCGAAGACGCGGGGAAGGGCAAGGAAGCAGAUACGGGCGAUAACUCGCUUACGCGACACGUCAAGGAGCGCAUCGCUGAUACGCACGAUCUGCUCGCUGAGAUCGCGCUGGAGAGCGAGCGCUUCCCGAGCGCCGUGGCGGACUUUAAGGCUGCGCUGGGUUUGAAGAAGGAGCUGUAUGAGAAGGCAUCCGAGGUGAUCGCUGAGGCGCAUUAUAAGCUCAGUUUGGCGCUGGAGUUUGCUAGUAUGACGACUACUGGGGAGGAGGGAGAGGAGGCUGCGGAUGCGGCUAAGGAGGGAGUGGUGGAUGAAGAGAUGAGGGGAGAGGCCGCCGAUGAGAUGCAGAGCGCGAUUGAGAGCACGAAACUCAAGCUGGCAGCGAGAGAGUCCGAGGAGGAGCAGACGGAUGAGACAGCGAGACAGAUCAAGGAUGUCAAGGAGAUCGUGGCGGAGAUGGAGCAGAGGCUUACGGACCUCCGCGCACCCCCCAUCGACAUCAGCGCCGCCCUCAACGGCCCCCCCGGCGCCGGCUCCUCUGGCCUAAUCGGUUCGAUGCUCGGCGAGACGGCGGCACAAACUGCGCAGCGCGUUGAGGAGGCCAAGAAGGGCGCGACCGAUCUGUCGGGGAUGGUGAGGAGGAAAGAGAAGAAGGAGGUGAACGGGAAUGGGAAGAGGAGCGCUGAGGAGGCGGGUGAGGGAAACGAGGAGGGUGGGAAGAAGACUAAGGUUGCGUAAAUUGGCGACCUGGGUAGGGGAAGUAGGAGUAUUGUUAGAAUAUGGGCGUUUGAUGGGGGGGAUAUUUUCGAUUUUCAUGGGAUAUCAAUGCAAUGAGAUGAGGGAGACGAAAAGUCAAGGCUGCGAAUGGGCCAUAUCGACGUUGCUAGCUACUCCAUCUAGCUAUCUACCACGACACAAUGCGAACUGUGAGUUAAGUCAAACAGUUCGCCUCUCCUAUCGGCGAGCUGGAUUUAUCAGCGUGCUCUGCCUCGGCGUGGCUCGUGAUGCAGCUUUCAGACACACACCACCACGGUCUGGAGAAUUCAGCCUUGCCAAUCGUCCAGCUUAUCUCGUGCAUUGGGCCAAUCCCCAAUUCACGGCACUGCGUUGUAUCACCCGUGGUCCUAGGCGGCAGUCGGUAGUGAGCCCCCGGUCUGACCGGUGCAGGCCGUGCCGUUUCCAGCUGGCCGGUCGAUGGGUGUGAAUGGUCCUAUAUUGGACGAGCGGUAGGAGGAGAUAUUUCGGUAUAGUGUAUAGUG